AUGAGCGGCGAGCCAGAAAAAGCCGCUUUGGAGGAAUACGGCGUCGAUCUCACCGCGCGUGCCAAAGAAGGAAAGCUUGAUCCGGUCAUUGGAAGAGACGGAGAGAUUCACCGCACAAUUCAAAUCCUCUCGAGACGGACAAAGAACAAUCCGGUCUUGAUCGGUGCCGCCGGUACAGGCAAGACGGCCAUCCUCGAAGGCCUAGCGCAGCGAAUAGUCAGGGGCGAUGUACCCGAAAGUAUCAAGAACAAGAGAGUUAUUUCCUUGGAUUUGGGCCAGUUGAUCGCGGGUGCCAAGUUCCGAGGUGAUUUUGAAGAACGUCUGAAAAAGGUCCUGAAGGAGGUUGAGGAGGCUCAAGGAGGCGUCAUUCUCUUCGUCGAUGAGCUACAUACGCUUCUGGGACUGGGGAAAGCCGAGGGUUCAAUCGACGCAAGCAACCUUUUGAAGCCUGCUUUAUCCCGCGGCGAACUACAAUGUUGUGGUGCCACAACCUUGAACGAGUACCGCCAGAUUGAAAAGGAUGUUGCGUUAGCACGACGUUUCCAGCCUAUAUUGGUUGGCGAACCGUCGGUACAAGACACGAUAUCCAUUCUCCGAGGCAUCAAGGACAAGUACGAAGUACACCAUGGUGUACGGAUUACGGACGGUGCCCUAGUUGCCGCCGCGACAUACAGCAACCGAUACAUCACCGAUCGCUUCCUGCCGGACAAGGCUAUAGACUUAGUCGACGAAGCCGCUUCGGCGUUGCGAUUGCAGCAAGAGUCGAAGCCAGAUGCUAUUCAGAAACUCGACAGAGAAAUCAUGACGAUACAAAUAGAGCUCGAGUCCUUGCGUAAGGAAACUGAUGUAGCAUCCAAGGAACGUCGACAGAAACUGGAAGAUACAUUGGUGGAGAAGAGGAAGGAAGUCUACCGCCUGACCGAGAUCUGGGACCGCGAGAAGGCAGAGAUAGAAGCCAUCAAGAAGACCAAAGAGGACCUGGAAAAGGCUCGCUAUGAUUUGGAACAAGCACGGCGAGAAGGUAACUUCGCCAAAGCUGGUGAACUUCAGUACGCCACCAUCCCCAAAUUGGAAGCCCAACUACCUCAAGAAGGCGAGGAAGUCAAGACCACAACCAAGGAUGGAGAGACAUUGAUUCACGACUCUGUCACGGCCGAUGACAUCGCUAAAGUGGUCAGCCGUACCACUGGAAUUCCAGUAACCAAGCUCAUGUCAGGAGAAGUCGAGAAGCUCAUCAAAAUGGAAGACAAGCUGCGAGAACAUGUCCGUGGUCAGGACGAGGCUCUUACAGCGGUUGCCAAUGCCGUCAGGAUGCAGCGUGCCGGCCUGAACAACGAGAAUCGACCUCUCGCGAGUUUCAUGUUCCUCGGCCCUACAGGUGUAGGCAAGACCGAACUAUGCAAACAGAUCGCCAAUUUCCUUUUCAGCACAGAAAGUGCUGUGGUCCGAUUCGAUAUGUCGGAGUUCCAAGAAAAGCAUACUGUCUCUCGCCUCAUCGGUGCAACGGCAGGAUACGUCGGCUAUGAAGAUGCAGGACAGUUGACUGAGGCUGUCCGCAGGAAACCUUAUGCUGUCCUGCUCUUUGACGAGUUCGAGAAAGCUCAUCGCGAUAUCUCAAGCUUGCUUCUGCAAGUCCUGGACGAAGGCUUCUUGACUGAUGCUCAAGGCCACAGGGUCGACUUCCGGAAUACCUUGAUCGUCUUGACCAGUAACCUUGGUGCCGAGAUAUUGAUGGGAUCCGGUGCGAACGUCGAGAAUGUCACGCCCGAACAGAGGAAGGGCGUUAUGGAAGUCGUUCAGGCAAGCUAUCCUCCAGAGUUUCUCAAUCGUAUUGACGAGUUUAUCAUCUUCAACAAGCUCUCCAAAUCGGCGUUGAGAGACAUUGUCGACAUUCGCAUCAAGGAGCUCCAGACUAGACUUGACGAUCGCAGAAUCCGCCUUGACAUCUCGGACAAGGUCAAGGAUUGGCUUUGCGAGAAGGGUUACGAUCCUCGGUACGGUGCUCGUCCUCUGAACAGGCUGAUACAGCAGGAAAUUGGGCGCAGGUUGGCCGACAGGAUCAUUCGCGGCGAGUUGAAGACCGGUGAUUUGGCAAAGGUUGUGAUCUCGAAGGACGGGGAUACUUUAGAAUUGGAGUCUUCGAAGACGUCUUGA